AUGCUUCCUGUGGAGGACAGACAGCGUGGUGCCUUCACUGUCCUGCUGGUCCUCACUGUCCUCACUCUGAUACCCUCCUGCACAGCUCAGUCUCAGGUGAUCGGUUCCUCUCAGCCAGUAGUGGCGUUAGCAGGUGAUGACAUCAUGUUGCCGUGUCACCUGGAGCCUGCUGUGGAUGCAUCUAACAUGCUGGUGGAGUGGGCGAGGCCUGACCUGGAUCCCAGGUUUGUCCUGGUGUGGCGUGACGGUGUUGAAAUGGAAAAUAAAAAACAUGGAUCCUACAGAGGAAGAACGUCUCUGUUCACCGACCAACUGAAACACGGAAACGUUUCGCUGAAACUCUCCACAGUGAAAAGAUCUGACGAGGGAACGUACAGAUGCUUCCUUCCACUUUUACACAGAGUUUCCACUGUCCAGCUUGUUGUAGGUGUCGUCUCCUCUCCUGUGAUCCAGAGCAGCAGCAGCAGCAGCAGCAGCAGCAGCAGCGUGUUGUUACAGUGUGAGUCUGACGGCUGGUAUCCAGAGCCUGAGCUGCUGUGGCUGGACGCUGAGGGAAGCGUCCUCCCUGCUGGACCUGCAGAGACACUCAGACGUCCUGAUGGUCUCUAUAAUGUCAGCAGCAGAGUGACUGUGGAGAAGAGACACGGCAGCAACUUCACCUGUAGAGUCCAACAGAAGAGCAUCAACCAGAGCAGAGAGACCCUCGUCCACUACUCCUGGUAG